GCUGAGCUUAUUGUCAUUCACCCUCUUUAGUCGUAUCGUGGAGAGCAGAAGACGAGCAUCACCGGAGAGCAAAACUUGUGGAUAUUUGAGAUAGCCAUGGUCACGCGCACGCGGUUUUCACUGCUGGUCCUUGCUUUCAUGGCUAUUACUAUAGGAGUACAGUGCCGGUCGUUUCGUUCACAGCUUCGCAAGGUGACAUCGUUUCAAGGAGAGCGUAAAAUCCGUAUUGGACACGUCCACCGACGGAGCCGUCGCGAACCGGGAUCCGAGCACGACCAGUGCGCGCUCCUGAGCGCACCGUGGACGGAGAGCACCAGUCCGCUUGGGGACUGGGGCCAGAUGUACCGUCUGAAGAUAUUAUCGACGAUGAGCGAUGGUCCACGUCGUGCUGUUUUUCCAGAACAAGCCCUCUUCAGAUUCGUUAGACGGGUGUAUCGGUGUUGUCAAGUGGGGUACCACUGUGGAAGUGUCAAGGGAAUACAAGGCGGAAAAAUUGGAGACUCCAACAUUGAGUUUCUGCUUGGCGAAGAUGUGCUGUCGGCCCCAUUGGAGAAAGCGGAAGUUCAUUUUCACUUUUCGAACCCCAAACACCUCAACAUCCAACCUGUGCUCCCCUCACUGGAGAAACGAGGCUUCCCUACCAGGUACAGUGUCUGGUUUCGAGAUGGUGUCGUGGAGCUGAGAGUAGAUCUUCUCGCCCUCUUCCAGGCUCUGCAGCGGGCGAUCGGAGGAUCCAGCAGAGGCCCGAGCCUGAUGGAAAUGCAUCGGGUGAGGGGCUUGCCCAGACCAGGGGCCGUUGUCCGAAAGCAAAGACCCCCAUCUCUUCAAGACACAGUGCCUGUAUUGUGGGGGGAGGUAAAUGAGGGCAGGGAGGGUGCCGCCCCCCUGCAGCCCUCUUUAGAGCUGGGACUGGCUUUACACUGCAGCUCAGUGGACAAUAUCGCACAGCCCUGUCAAAAUUACGGUGUGCAUCUAGAACAUGCACCCUUCAUCGCUCUGACGUACAGAUAGCAAGACGUUCGCAAACCGUAUUGAACAGUGAUUUUAGCAAAUACAUUUAGAAAUUGC